GCCUUUCUGACAUGUGGCCUUUAUUUAACCUGUGUCUUUGAGAUGUUUCUGGCUUUUUCUUGGUUAUUUAUGUGCAGCUGGAUUUAGAUUCUGUCUGCAGAAGGUUCCAGGCCUUUGGUUGGGUCCCCGGGACCUCCCUCCCCCGUGUGCGUGCAGCUACAUGGGCCUCACCCCUGCUGGAGUAAGGGGGCUGAUGCAUGUGCGGAUCCCUCCCAGAACCCCACACCCCGCCCCAGGCCUCCUGCAUGUCUAUCCGAUCCACUCAGCCCCGACUGGCCUUUAAAGCUGUUCCCCCCAACCCACCCAGCUUUGGGGAGCGCACGGAACGAGCAAGGUUCGUGCUGGCCGUGGGCAGCGCCGUCUUCGACGCCAUGUUCAACGGCGGCAUGGCCACCACGUCCACCGAGAUCGAGCUGCCCGACGUGGAGCCCGCCGCCUUCCUGGCGCUGCUCAAGUUUCUGUACUCGGAUGAGGUUCAGAUCGGACCCGAGACGGUCAUGACCACGCUGUACACGGCCAAGAAGUACGCGGUGCCCGCGCUCGAGGCCCACUGCGUGGAGUUCCUCAAGAAAAACCUGCGGGCGGACAACGCGUUCAUGCUGCUGACGCAGGCGCGACUCUUCGACGAGCCGCAGCUGGCCAGCCUGUGCCUGGAGAACAUCGACAAGCACACGGCGGACGCCAUCACCGCCGAGGGCUUCACAGACAUCGACCUGGACACGCUGGUGGCCGUGCUGGAGCGGGACACCCUGGGCAUCAGGGAGGUGCGCCUGUUCAGCGCCGUGGUCCGCUGGUCCGAGGCUGAGUGCCAGCGGCGGCAGCUGCCCGUGACGCCCGAGAACAAGCGCCAGGUGCUGGGCAAGGCUCUGGCCCUCAUCCGCUUCCCGCUCAUGACCAUCGAGGAGUUUGCCGCAGGGCCCGCGCAGUCCGGCAUCCUCGUGGACCGCGAGGUGGUCAGCCUCUUCCUGCACUUCACCGUCAACCCCAAGCCGCGCGUGGACUUCAUCGACCGGCCGCGCUGCUGCCUCCGCGGGAAGGAGUGCAGCAUCAACCGCUUCCAGCAGGUGGAGAGCCGCUGGGGCUACAGCGGGACGAGCGACCGCAUCAGGUUCUCGGUCAACAAGCGCAUCUUCGUGGUUGGCUUUGGGCUCUACGGCUCCAUCCACGGGCCCACGGAUUACCAAGUGAACAUCCAGAUCAUCCACACGGACAGCAACACUGUCCUGGGCCAGAACGACACGGGCUUCAGCUGUGACGGCUCCGCCAGCACCUUCCGAGUCAUGUUCAAGGAGCCGGUGGAGGUGCUGCCCAACGUCAACUACACGGCCUGCGCCACGCUCAAGGGCCCGGACUCCCACUACGGUACCAAGGGCCUGCGCAAGGUGACCCAUGAGUCCCCCACGACGGGGGCCAAGACGUGCUUCACCUUCUGCUACGCGGCCGGGAACAACAACGGCACAUCCGUGGAGGACGGCCAGAUCCCCGAGGUCAUCUUCUACACCUAGGCCCCCAGGCCCCCGAAGCCACCUGAGGCCAGCAGGCCGCCCCCCGUCCCAGGCCGUGCCCCCCGCGGCCCCCACGCUGUGGGCGCGCUCCCUGCCACGUUUCUGGGCGUCAGGAGAGGGUCACUCCCGAGGGGAGCCUGGCUGCCUGCUCAGAGGAGCCAGGCAGGAGCUGGGAGGCCCUCCUGCGGGUGUCAGGAGGCAGGGCUGGCCUGGACCCGCCCUGAGCGGAGGGGCCGCCAGGUCCUGGGGCGUGGGAGUCCUGCACGCUGUCCCUGCAGCUCGGGGCUGCCUGACCAACGUCCUUACCACGGGCUUCGGCCAGGACCCCGUCUCAUGUUUGUCCUGUCCCCCCGCACACGGCAAUGCAUUCUGGGUUCCCAUUCCUCGCGCAGGAGGCGUUCGGCGGGGGCGCCCCUAGUGCAUCGGCUUGGGGUCUCAUGUUCUGGUCUGGUCACGGGAUGCUCAGGCCACCCCGACCCCGGGCCCCAGCGCACUGGCCUUGGUCCCCCCUUGAGGUCCUACAGGCUGGCGCUCUGCCAGGCCCCCCGCAGCCGUCCUGCCCCUGCAGCCACGGGCACAGACCACAGGCGCCAUCUGCCCGGGUGAUGCCGUGGGUCCGCUGUGGCGGCCAGGUCCCCGGCUGGCCCAUCCCCCACC